GUGUGGUGUGUGCGUGUCUCGCCUCAUUUAACUGUGUGGGUGCUGUGAAGCAUCGUUCCUCGAGGGGCUGCGGUUCUCCGACUUUCGGAUGUGUCUCGACUCCAGCACACCUGAAUGGCACGGCUGAGUUACCUCCUCACGCAGCUCAGCCAGGAGAGGUCAGUGACAGAGAUGAUGGCAUUGUUCAGUCACCUGGAGGCCAAGACUGUUGCGUAGCCGAAAGCCAGAAAAACUGCUGUCAACUUUUUGUCAGCUUAAGAGAACUAGAAACCAAACUUAGAGACAUGCAGAGAGAGAUGGAGGUCCUGAAGUCACAAGUUCAAGGCAACAAGGUAGCAUUUGGCGCAUCCAUAAGUACAGGUGGCAAUAUAGGACCUUUUAAUACCGGCACCAUACUGGUCUACAAAAAGGUCUACUUCAACACAGGAUCAUUCAACCGGGGAACAGGCAUUUUUACAGCUCCUGUCAAAGGAGUCUAUUACUUCAGCUUCUCUGGACAUAAUAUAUCAUCUAAACCAAUGGGCCUGCAACUGAUGAAGAAUGGAGAGCAGAUGGUCACUGUCUACAACCAUGUUGCUGGAAACCGUUAUGAGACAGCAACCAAUGGGAUGACUCUGCAGCUUGAAGUUGGAGAACACGUUUACAUGAGACUGCGUGAAAACACCUGGAUUUUUGACAAUUCAAAUGAUCAUAGUACCUUUAUUGGUCAUUUAUUAUUUCCUCUGUAAGGGUUGUGAACAAUUAACAUCUUUUAUUAAAACUAAAAGGACAAAAGUGAAUUAGAGUUUGUUUUCAGUAAUGCUUAGUAAAAAUACUUCUUGUUAGAGGCAUAUUUUUGAACAAAAUUAGAAUCGGUUUAUGUUGUGUCUUAAAUGUGAGACACUAUGAUUUAUGCAUUUUCAGCAAAUUCAAAAUCAUAUUUGACCUAUUAAAUUAUUGGUAAUAUUUUUUUAAUUAAAAAAAAUCUGAUUUAAAGAUUUUUUUUU